CCUACAACAAAGCAACAGUCUAGAAAUAUCAAAAUAAUAAUUAUUUUAAAUGAAGUCUUUUUUAAAUCCAAUAAAUCGAGUGGGGAUUUUAUUGUUUUUAACUAUGUUAUAUAUAAUACAUGUACAAACAUCGAAUCAACGAAUUAUAUCCGGCUCGAAAGCAGCUAUAGGGCAAUUUCCUUGGCACGUUCUUAUAAAAUUACCUGCCAAUAAUGGUGUGUGGUCAGGUGGUUCUAUUAUUUCUGAAAAUUGGGUUUUAGUAGCGGCACAUUGUAUUUCAAAUCAAGCAGAACUUUUACUGAUAUUUGGUACUAUAGAUCGUGAUCAUUACGAGAACGGUAUAAAUAUGACCUGUUCAAAAUUUUUAAUGCAUCCUGAAUAUGACAAAGUGAAUAUAAAUAAUGAUAUUGGACUCAUUGAACUACCGUCACCGUUAACAUUUACCAUAAACAUACAAGCCAUUGAUUUAGUAACUGCAGCGGAGGCUUCAGCAGCAAAUGAUUUUGUGGGCGCAGAAACUAUAAUUUCUGGAUUUGGUAAAGUAAACAACUUUAUAGGCAGUGAAUCUAACACUUUAUUAUGGGCUCAAUUAGAAGUUAUCAGUAAUAGUCGUUGUCUAGAAUUGUAUAAUAAUCCAAAACUUAUAGUGAACUCAACAUUAUGUGCGAUUGGUUGGAAUGAUACCAAUAAGUCGCCAUGUCAUGGUGAUUCUGGUGGUCCGUUAAUUUGGAAAAACAAAUCUAAUAAAUUUGUGCAAAUCGGCAUUGAUUCGUUUGUUGCUCAAUCUAUAGGUUGUGCAAGUAAAUUUCCUGCGGGUUUUACAAGAGUCUCUUCGUUUUUAGGUUAUAUUCGAAAUAUUACUGGUUUAAAUUUAGAAUAA